UCUUUCUUUCUCUACAUCACAGAGAACUCAAAGAGGGUACUUGUCUGUCCAACCUCUUCUCAACUUCCCAACCAUGGAAGAAGAAGCCCCAGCAACAUUACCAUCCCAUAGCUCUCCAUACCUCUUUGAACCUUUGCUUCCAUCCACUUCAUUGAACCCAACUCCUUAUUCCCUACUGCACCAACCUCACCAACUUCCCCAACAAAUAGUUCAUCCAGAGAUAGACUGGCUUAGCCUCCUAUCCAAUACUCCUUUUGGGUUUGGAGAACAAAUUUCUCCAGUAGUCCCUGUGAGUAGUACUGUCUCUGCAUCAUCAGUUGAUGGCUCUCAAGGUGAAGAAGAGAAUAAAGGAUGUAAGGAUAAGGGAAAGUUGAGCAAGACUAGGAAAGCGAUUCGCCCGCGGUUCGCCUUUCAGACCAGGAGUGCCGACGAUAUACUAGAUGAUGGUUACCGGUGGAGGAAAUAUGGACAGAAAGCUGUGAAGAACAGCAACUAUCCCAGAAGCUACUACCGCUGUACACACCAUACAUGCAAUGUGAAGAAGCAAGUUCAGAGGCUAUCCAAGGACACAAGCAUUGUUGUGACCACAUAUGAAGGCAUCCACAACCAUCCAUGUGAGAAACUUAUGGAGCGCUUGAGCCCUCUUCUGAAGCAAAUGCAAUUCCUAACAAGAUUUUAAGCCAACUUGGUUUAGGUCAAAGGCCAAACUGUGAAAAGUUUGCUUAUAUCAUUGACACUACAUGACUACUAGCUAUUUAUGUUUGUAUAAAACAACAGGAACAAAGCCUUGGUAUGGACUUGUAUAAAUUAAACAAAAAAAAAAAAAUGUGUUAAUUUCAUAUGAACGGUUUCUCUUUAGUUGUGUUUGGUAUGCAUUCUUGACAUAUAUUUUGGGUCUAGAAAGCAUUCUGAAACCACAACAUCUAAGGGUUGAAUUGAUUUGAGGGAGCAUUUUCGACCACAUACACUAGGAGGUAGAAGUCCAAUCAUGGGGUCACAUCAUGGUGGAUGCAUAUAUCUUUCCCUGGUGGCAAGAAACUUCCUCCUUGGUUGCAAAGGUUUGAUCACAUUGUAAAA